GUCCCCUCACUGUCCUCGGCGGCGUGGAGGGCAUCGCCUUCGUCAAGACCAAAUUCACCAACUACACAGACGACUGGCCGGACAUCGAGUUCCAUUUCAUCUCGGGCUCGCCAGCAUCCGACGGCGGGCGGCAGAUUAGGAAGGUGCACGGGCUCUCGGAGAAGGUGUGGCAGCAAAUGUUUAAGCCCAUAUCCUUCCGCGAUAGUUGGUCGGUGUAUCCUAUGCUCCUGCGGCCCAAGUCCCGAGGAUACAUCACCCUCCGAUCGGCCAGUCCUUUCGACAAGCCAUAUAUAACCCACAACUACCUGACUGACCCCCAAGAUGUCAAGGUUAUGAUUGAAGGCAUCAAGAUCGCCCUAGCUCUCGCCGAGACCAAAGCCUUCAAGAAAUUCGGCUCCCGCUUCUACACUCGUCCGAUGCCCGGCUGCGAGUAUGCGACGCCCUGGACAGACGAGUACUGGGAGUGCCUGGCCCGCUCCUACACCUCGACCAUCUAUCACCCGGUCGGAACUUGCAAGAUGGGGCCGUACUGGGACCCCGAAGCCGUGGUCGAUCCGGAGCUCAAAGUGUACGGAAUCUCGGGACUACGAGUGGCCGACGCAUCCAUCAUGCCGACGCUGGUAUCCGGAAAUACCAACGCCCCUGUCAUCAUGAUCGGCGAGAUGGUAUCGGACAUGAUCAAAAAAUACUGGGCCGGCAAGAAGAGAUAACAUCGCCCGCCAGCCUUCGUAGCGUCGCCAUGUUUUCCGGAUUCAAUUCGAUCCGUGGAUAUGUUCAAAUUUUGAAAACAAUGUUGUUUCUAAUGCCUGUGUUCGUGAUUUCUUGUUUUUGAUGUUUUGAUUUUUUAAAAGUUCUUGGUUUUGGUACCACAAAGGACGCGCUGUGUGUUGUAUGUAGUGCGACGAUGCCCAAGCUCUCUCGCGAGAAACUGCGAGAAUCGUGCGACUUUGUCCUUGAAAAGAAAGGAGAACAAAGCGAACACACUCUGUACAAAGAAGACGUGAUUGCCAAAAGUGUACUUAUUGCUCAAUGCCCAAAACCUC